ACGGGGCUCGGCAUUGAACGCUCCACGUAAAUCGGUUGUCCGAGAGCUCGCGCCAUUUUCCACCAGCGCUCCAUGCAAGUUCGACCACUGAUAGCCGACCAACCACGAAAACUGGUGAAAGAGGCACAAAAAACUGUUCGCUUUAAAAUAGGAACCUUCGUGCCGUUGCCGUAUGAAGUCACUACGGAAAUGUUUUUUGACAUACUUACAUUUUGCAAAAAAGAAAAUACAUGCAGUCUUUGGGCAAUCUCUUGAGAGGUCGUCGAACGUAGGAGAACCACGAGCCAGCUUCAUGCGUAAGGAAGAAGAAGACGAGUAAUAUAUGGGACCAAAAUUGAAGGCACAGUAACAACAACCUAAAUUGACCCCGUGUUAAGUCCAGCUAACGGGAGGAAGCAUGGCCUCGGUGACGAGUGUAUCCCGCUCAUCCCGAUCCGUGAGGACGUCCUCGCUGUCCCACAUGUCCAGCCUGUUCGAGUGCCCCGUGUGCAGGGAGUACGCGCUGCCUCCCAUCAUGCAGUGCGAGAACGGCCACCACCUGUGCGCCCCCUGCCGGAAGAACGUGGCCAAGUGCCCCGUGUGCCGAGCGCCUAAAGGGAGGAACAGGAACCUGGCCUUGGAGAAGCUGGCGGAAACGGCGACGUUCCCGUGCAAGUACCGCCCCAAGGGCUGCACUGCCGUUCUCCUAAUCACCGCCAAAAAUAAGCACGAAGGCUCCUGCGAGUACGGGCCGUGUCCUUGCGUGCUCGGCUUGAAGUCGUGCAAGUGGCGAGGACCGCUGCAAGAAGUUGUGAACCACAUUCUUCGCUCACACGACUUCGUUCCAAGAUUGCAAGGCGAGAACGUAGUCCUCACCGCGAUGCGUUUCAACCGUGCCGAGGCCUUCUGCUGGGUGGCGCUGCAGUCGUGUCUGGGUCGCGACUUUGUCGUGAUGCUCAAGAAGAGGAACAACUAUCGCGACCGCUUCUUCGGCGUCGUCUUGCUGGUGGGCUCUAGCGAGGAAGCGCGGCGAUUCGUGUACCGCAUGCAGCUGUGCGGUGCCGAACACCGGCUCACCUGGGAGGCCAAACCCAGGAGCCUCCACACCCGGGCCGAGACGAUCAAGAGCGGAGACGGCCUGGCCUUCGACAUGAGCACCGCCGAGCGACUCAGUAAUGGUGCCGACCUCAACGUGAACGUGGCCAUCAGUCUCGCGUCCUCGAGCGGCGAUAUUGCCCUGUAGGCACGCGGGGACAUGGCCGGCUGACAAAAAAAAAGAAACUUAAGAUAAAAUUCGCAACUAUGUAUUUCAGAAACGUACAUGACGUCAUUUAGAUCUUCUUCUGCGGGACGAUUCACGCCAUAAAUUCGUGCGCUUUCGGAUAAAUUUGAGCGUUAACCACCUCUACAACGUCGCGAUCUCGACAUGGGCCCUUGAUCGACAAUAGGGAGAGAUACCAGAGAAUCGCCGCGAAACGAAAAUUGGAGGAUGAUGUCUGGGACGCGGUGUUUUGGAAGUAUUCCGCGUGUUUCAAGCACAGAUUGAUGCGUGCGAUAAGUUGAUGCCUGUUAGAACACAUUCAUUGGGACAUUUGCUGUUCUUUAUAGAUAAUAUAGAUCAGUAGCUGAACGCGGCCGUGAAGUGUCACAUGCUUAUAGAUCGAUGUGUAUAAUUAUGGUGCAUAUUUUAGUGCCGACCAAUUAGGCCACCAAUUUUUGCCAGUGUUCAUUUUAUUGUGCCAUGCGUUUUCAAAUAAACGCGAUUCGGCAGUUUGCGUUUCACCUGUU